UGACGAGCUUGGCCUCGUACCCGUCCUCGCGACGGUUUUCAUUCUCUCCUCACAGUCUCCUCUGUAAAAUUCUACGCGUCAUGGUGGAAGGGUCUGCCCCCAUAAUCAAGCGAGCCGCGAGAACUUACGGGAAACCGCGAAAGAUCUCAUUCGAUGACACCUCCUUCGACGACGCAAAUACAAGCCUCGACACACACGAUGACGCCGAAACAUCCCAGACAUUCAGUACUGGCGAUGAGCUACCACCUAACUCUGACGCAUUCGACGCGCCGAACACGUCGUUUUCCCCCGGACACGCGUUGGACGAUGAUGACGACGGACUCGCAGUAUAUGAAUACGACUGGCAGAAGAAACUGAGGGAGAUGCGCCAGCAAGAUGACGACGAGGAAGAUAACAAUGAUUCAGCCCCAACAGCAACUAAAGUGGCCACGACGCAAGGCGAUGUCCCAGAAGCCCAACCGACCCGUCCCGCAUCCCCCGCCGACACACACCGUGACAUGUCAAGCAGGUUCGGUGGCUCACUAUCCUCUUUGACAAACUCUUCCCAGCCCUCUGCUACGCAUCUCGAUAGAGACCCCUUUCGCAUCGACUCCAGUCCUCCACCGGAAGACCAGUCGGAUCACGACCGUCAUCGUCCAUCUACACCCCAGACAUCUCCCCGACAUCCUUUCGGCACACCGCUAUUGGGUUCAUCUUCUACUCCUCCCACGUCUAUCGAGAUGCCACCGGUAAAAGCAAAGGGUAAGGCACGCGCGACCGAGCUGUUGCAGCUGAACGGCGACGACGAGCUCGUGGGAAGCUCAAAGCCUUCAAAGAGGCCAGGUGCCAGUGGCAGGGGCAAGAAGAAAGACACAGGACGCGUCAAGGCACCGACCAAGAAGGAGCGCAUUGAAACCCAAAAGGCGACAGCGCGGAUACUGGCCGACCAGCCCACAUCAAUAGCGCGCGUUCAGGCCAAGGCGCUCACGCUCACCGCGCUCUUGGAGCGCGUCAGCGUCCCAGUGCCACCACGAGCUAAGACGCCUCAAAUCCCCACGUCCGAUCCUAUCCAAUCCUCCUCUCCUGCCGUGGAACCCUUAGCCCCCAGUCCCGAAGCUGCCGAAUCGUCCAAGAAAGCCUCGAAGGCCGUCACCUUCGUUGGGAACGGCCUACUUGGCACGGCCGAGUCCGAAUCCGACGAUGAAGACCUCCCAGACGCGCUCAUGUUGGUCAAGCGGGCCAAUGAGGCAGAGCAGGCCAGCAAAGUGCAGAAGCAGCUGCUCGAGAUCAAGCAGCGCGCCCUCGCACGGCAACAGCAAUCCAGGGCUGCGCCAGACGGUGACGACAGCGACCUCGAGAUCGUGGACAACCCGGAGAGCGUCCUCCGAGACGAGGGCCAGGCUCGCCGCGUCAUGCAGGCCCGCGGCGCCCGUCCAUCCAAGGGCAGGGCGAACCAGCUCGCAUUCGUCAGCCCCAAUGCACGGAGGAAGAGUGCUGUGCAUAUUCCUACGGAUGAGUCGCAGGCUCGGCACCUGCUGCAAGUCAAUGCUGCCUCCGCUUUUGAUCCAGUACCAGCCAAGGAGGCUAAGGAGGCGAAGUUGACUCACAGGGAGCUGAAUCUGCUGAUGCUUCAGCAAGCGGCCAAGCAGGCGCAGCAGCUCGACAGGGAGAAACAGGAGGACUGGAAGCGGCGUGGAGGGAGGCUGAAGACGCAGCCUGAGAUGACUGCCACUGCGAAGCGUCCGGCAGAGAUCUUUCAGGACAUCUUGCAGAAACGACGGGCGGCCUCGGAAGUUGCAGGGGGAGAGGACGAGGACGAGAGCGACGAGGAGUGGCGGCCUGAAGAUAACGCGAAUGAGGCUGAAGGCUCUGGACAGGGAGACGGGCAGGGCUCUGACAAGGAAGAAAGGCAACAGAGCACGGCGCCUAUGGAUGUCGACGACCAGGCAGACGACGAGGGGGAGGACGAUAAUCCCUUCCUCGUUCCCCGCUUCCGCAGGCCCGGCGGUCGUGCUCGCACUCUCGUUGCGACCCAGUCAGACGACGAGGAUGAUGCCGAGAACCGUCCCCCACUCCCGUCAGCCCUUGGACGUGUCCUCGUCCGCGACUCGUCCGUCCCGCUUGAAGUUGGCACUCUGACCCCGACCGAGAUCGACUCCGAGAUCCCCACGCUCGCUCACCGCAACUCGGUCUCCUCCAUUGGAGACAACACGGACGGCAGCCGCACAGAGGAUGGCACAGACAAGGAGAAUGACGUGCAGCUGAGCUUCGAUCGCGGGGAAGACAAGGAGAACACCAAGGUCCACUCUCCCAUCGCUGCGAUGUCGAUGCGCCUCGGGCGCAGCUUCAGCACGCUGUUCGCCGACGAUCUGCAAUCGUCACCAUCCGGUCCUUCGAGCCGGAUCGGUCCUGACGGCGUCCGGUCACCGUUGAAGGAGCUGCCAAAGGACGACGACGACGAUCCCUUCGCCUUCACCCCCGGGCCGCCUCUCCGUCUUGGGGGAAUGGGCGGUAUGUCAAGUCUGGAGGCGUCGCCUAUGGACUUUGGUGGUGGGGGCAACUUGCAGCCCGCUUUCUCACUGAAGGGCAAGGAGCGCGCCCGCGAUGCCAGCCCUCUGGGCGAGCCCCUUAACCUUGAUGGCGGGCUCGGUGGAGGUGGCUUCUCGCAGUUCGUCACCCAGGCAGGCGGCGCACGUGGUUUCGAACAGCUGAAGCGGAUGGACGAUGACAUCGACUUGACGCCUGAACCCGGACUUCAGGCCGUCGUCGACGUCAGCAAUACCUUCCGGAAGAAGGCGGACGAGAUCUUCGAGAAGGAGCAGGCGGCCUUGGCAGAGCAAGGGCUAGCUGCGGCGAACAAGGAGGCAUCUCCCGAGAUGUUCGUGGAUGCGAAUGGCUUCCUCACACAGACGCGUCCGACCGUCGACGAUAGCCCUCUGCGCCUGACAACCCAGUUCACGCCUCGACUGCGCUUCUCUACGGCCUCUUCGCCUGGGAGCGUGCUCAUGUCAUCGGGCCUGAGGCAGCCACUAGCACCUCUCCUGACCCAGGACCCCGAUGAAUCGGACCUACCUACCCGGAGGCGACUGCGCAAGCGCGACAACUCCGUCUCUCCAGAGCGUAUCCUGGCUGCGGCCCCGAAGAGGAACGUAUAUGACGUCCUCGGUAAACGCUCGUCUCCAAAGGGGAAGGGCAAAGGGAAGAUCCCUGUCCGGUCAGAGUUCAUCGAGGGCGAGGCGGAGGAGUCUGACGACGAGCGAACGUUUGGGUUCGGGGGUACCGUGAAGAAGCCUGACGACGAGGAAGAGGACGAUGGAGAGGAUCAGGACCAACCUCUGCCCGAUCUGGUGGACGACAAGGAGAUGGACCGGGAUACCCUUGCGGAGGACGCUGUCCGAGAGAAGGAUCGCGAGCUCCGGGAGAUCGACGAUAAGAAUCUCGAGAAGCUCCAUAUGGACGCGGCCACAGGUAAAUUACGAGUCAAACGGAGAGAUCGCGGUAUCGGUUUUGAAGACAGUGACUCCGAGGAGGAGGGGGAGAGGCGGCCGAGACCUAAGAAGGCGCGCAAGGACAACGAUAACAUCGCAGCACUAGCCAAGAGGCCGGAAACGCAGGCGUUCGCGAACGAGUAUCGCGCGAAUAUGUACGACGAUGAGAAUGAGUUCGAGCACCUGAACAAGGAUGCGAUGGAGUUGGACCUGGAGCAGCCACAGCAGGUGGAGGAAGAGCCCGAGAUUGUAGAUGCGGCUCAAGUGCGUGAGCAGCUGAGAAAGGUCGCACGGGAGCGUCAGAUCGAGGACGCAAGGGUGUUCGACCCCGAAGACACCUCUUGGAUCGAGACUGCCGUCGGGAGCGAUGAUGAGAUGGAGGAAGAGCCUCGUGUGAGAGAAGUCUCAAACGAGGCAGUCCCCGCGCGCCGUCCGAAUGCGGAAGAGCCCAUGCAGAGCAUGAGCUUCGGCAUUGACGAGGCCAACCGCGCACGGAUGGCCAAAUGGGCCAAGUCCGAGACGUCUUCACGCACCGCCGCGGUUGUUGGCCGCAACACAGGCGGAUCGGCCGCGGUGACAGGGCACGGCAAGUCGAAGAUGGGCGCUGGGUCGUUCAAGGCGCCCAGGGCCGCGGCGUCAUCGUCUGUCACUGUCAAGUCAUCCAAGAUUAGCAGAGGGCCCAGUGUGCUGUCCGCGGUGUCAAGGCGGGACAAGUUCGCGAGCUAGAUGUACUGUAGGUGUUGUCGGAGUACGGGACGAUAUCGACGUCGCGCUACAUCGCUAUCUAUCUGCCCUAGGCUUAUGCAUACCCAUGUCGAUAUGUACGCUUCUUGUAUGAGGUUUGUAUAAUAACACACAUGUAGCUUGCCG